GAGCCACCGUGACGCGGCGCCCGGGCAUCGGCAGCCGACGGAGACUUAAAGAGACAACAGCGGGAUCAUAGCAACUUGAGGGGGCAACGAGAAAGAGACCCACGGACGAACAACCAUGACUUCGACGACGUCUCGACAGCUCACAUUUUAAAGAUCUCCAGCUGACGUCAAACGCAUCCUUGACCCGUCUUCCUCGUCGCUGUGUUCUCUGACUCUGGGUUGCCCUCAUCUGCUGUGGCCCCUGCAACAUGGAGAGUGUCCACUGUGUCACUGAAGGCUGACCAGAAGGAAUGAGGCACUCCAGGAGAUGUUCCCAAGUGGCCUUUUGGAUGCAGUAGCUGGGUUUCGGAGUGCUUUUUUAUGACUAGUAUUGUAUGUGUGUCUGUGGACACAUCCUAGCACAACCUGCCUACUCCUCAGGCAGGGACAUGCUACUCUGAGACUGGAGCUGAAACGUAUAAGAAAGGAGCCCCUCUGGUAAACAAGGAACACAAAGAAGAAACAAAGGGAAGCACUCGGCAUCAAGAGCUGCCUGAUAGACACACGGGGCGCUUCAGCUGUAGUUUGAGCUCAUUUAAGUGUCUUCUGAAUCCGUGCACAUUUUAACAGCAACACCUUUCCUCUGUCCUGUGAGAUCUGUCCCCUUCCCCCUCCCUAAAGCCUCCUCCAUCGUUGUUAUUGGAGUUUCUAUGGUUUGCAUGGCUGGAGAAUAACCGUGGAGAGGCCAGGGUAUCACAAGCUUAUGGAUUUUGACAAGAGAGGGGGCAAGGGAGAGACAGAGGACGGGAAAAAGAUGUCUAAGACAGCAGGCAGCAGGACUGGACAUGGGGGCCGGAGUUCGGGGACCAAUUCUGGAGUUCUUAUGGUUGGCCCAAACUUCCGAGUGGGUAAAAAAAUCGGCUGCGGGAACUUUGGAGAGCUGCGGUUGGGAAAAAACCUCUAUACUAACGAAUAUGUGGCCAUCAAAUUGGAACCUAUAAAGUCGAGGGCACCACAGCUCCAUUUGGAGUAUAGAUUUUACAAACAGUUGGGAAAUUCAGAGGGAAUCCCUCAGGUGUACUACUUUGGUCCUUGUGGGAAAUACAAUGCCAUGGUGCUGGAGCUGCUCGGGCCCAGUCUAGAGGACCUGUUUGACCUCUGUGAUCGCACCUUCUCCCUCAAGACCGUCCUCAUGAUAGCCAUACAGCUGAUAACACGGAUGGAGUACGUCCACACCAAGAGUCUGAUAUACAGAGAUGUGAAGCCAGAAAACUUCCUGGUUGGGCGGCCAGGAAGCAAGAGGCAGCAUACCAUCCACAUCAUUGACUUUGGUCUGGCCAAAGAGUACAUAGACCCUGAGACCAAAAAACACAUCCCCUACCGGGAGCACAAGAGUCUGACUGGGACGGCACGCUACAUGAGCAUUAACACACACUUGGGAAAGGAGCAAAGCAGAAGGGAUGAUUUGGAGGCGCUGGGUCACAUGUUUAUGUACUUCCUCAGAGGUAGCCUCCCCUGGCAGGGCCUAAAGGCGGACACUCUGAAAGAGAGGUAUCAGAAAAUCGGGGACACCAAACGAGCGACACCCAUUGAAGUGCUUUGUGAAAGCUUCCCUGAAGAGAUGGCCACCUACCUGCGCUAUGUGAGGAGGCUGGACUUCUUUGAGAAGCCUGAUUAUGACUACUUGAGGAAGCUCUUCACCGAUCUGUUCGACAGGAACGGCUAUGUCUUUGACUAUGAAUACGACUGGGUCGGCAAAUCACUUCCCACACCAAUAGGCCCUAUCCCCAGUGACACGCCCCUGCAGCCCAGAGAAAGCCGAGACAAAGCACAACAGCAGACCAAAAACCAGUCGCCUGAGCCCAAAGGAAGUGAGUCUCAGCCCACUCCAGUGACCAAUAAGGAGACUCUGGGGUCGCACCUCACAGCUGAGCGGCUGGGGGGCUCUGUUCAGGUGAUGAGCUCAACGAAUGGCGAGCUAAACACUGAUGAUCCCACAGCCGGAGGCUCCAACGCUCCCAUCACCGCUCCCACCGAGGUUGAAGUGGCCGACGAAACCAAGUGCUGUUGUUUCUUCAAGAGGAGAAAGAGGAAAGCCCUCCAGAGGCACAAGUGAAAGAAGAGAACGGAGAGAACUUGAAAACAUUGUGGUCACUGUCAAGUUUUAAAUGGAAGCAACUACACAGACCCCCUGUCCCUUAUCUCUCUCCAGCUUCCCCCCCCCACCUCACCUCUUUAUCCCUCUCAACUUAUUUCCCCUGUCACUCUGUACCUCCACCCUCACCCCCCCCCCAAACCCCCCUCUCUUUCUCGUUCUCAGCGCUCCCCGGCUACUGGCGAGCUAAAGGAAUGUUGCAGUCCUACUGACUCCACAACAGACUCUUGAUUCCUUCUACGAAAAAUAAAACGUUACCUGCAUUACAACGUGGGGAGGGGGAGGGGGCUUGAGAAAAAGUAAAAAAAAGCUGUAACAAUGAAACUCGAAUACCGUGGCGUGAAUAUGAAAAAAUACUGUUUGAAACAGUUGUUGUAUUCUAGAUUCCAUAAAGAACGAAUAUUGUUCCAACAGUCAUCUGUUGAUCAGGGGGAACCGUUCGAGUGAAAGAAAUCUGCUCAUUAGGAAAUUGUUUUUUUUUUUUCUUCUUUCUUUUCAUUCUUUUUUUUUGGUGUGUGUUAUGGGAUCAAGGUAAAGAGGAAAAAAGGUGAACUAUGCUGAUGUUAAAUCUGAGAGACACAGGAAGCAUUUCAUCUAUAAAACAGAAUUUGGAUGGAGGAUUUUUAUGUUUUUUUUUUUUUUUUUGUAAUUGAAUCCUCAGUUUUUGAAGUCAAAUCCCUGCAUUGAAAACUUAUUUUUAUGUUGUAGUGUUCUGGAGUUCAAUUCUUUUCCUCACUCUGGCUUUCUUUUUCUUUUUUUUUUUUUUUUUUGUCUGUCAACGUGGACUUUGUAGCACAGUCACUGGCCUCAGGUACUGUGGAAGAUUGAGAGAAACAGAUAUUAAGCUCUCUUAUUAUUAUUGCACUUUUGGAAAAAAAUAAAACAAUUACAGUGGAAAACUUUUAGGUUUGAAAUUAACAAUUAAGAAAAAACAACUUAAUAAAGACUGAUCUAGGAAGAGUCCUUCACAACGCUUAUAUCUGAGUUAUGGCCGAACAAUGUUGUCGAUUUACAUGAAAAAAAAAAAGAUAUGUCUUUCGAUUUUUAUUUCUUACAUCAAAAUAAUUUACCAGGAAAUCAUAGUUUGUGCCUUUCUAAGUAAAAUGUUUAAAGCUCAA